AGUCAGUAAUAGUAUGAAACUCGAGUCGGCCGGAUGCUAACCGGAGCAGUUGAUGCGGUCCAACGGUUACUUUUCCCUUACUUUCCUAUACGGUUAGUAUUCCUAUCGUCGUUAAUUACAGUGUACUUGACUCGCGACAGCGAGGGUGUUGUUCCCACCGUGAGUAAGAUUUAAGAAUCUAGGUUAAAUCGUCGUGGCCGUGAAUGUUGAAUCUAAUUAGUUUUUCGUGUAGUUGAGCCUAAAAUCGUCGUUCGUUACACGCGGUAUAGUUGUAAUCCUGACCAUGAGUAGUAGUACUUGACGAAUCUCCGCCUAACAAAAGAUGAAGAAGUGUUCUCUUCUCGGAAGAACUGCGUCUCUGAUAGCCGGUGCCCUGCCAUUGCUAGUCCUGAUCAGCUGUGGAACAACGGCCUACGGAUUGACUCAUCAGGCGAACAAAGCUUCAGACGAUGGCGUCGCAUGGCACAAAGCAAACAACGGCAAUGGCAGUGACCGCAUUCGUAUUGUUCCGAAAGUGGAGCAGCACACGCCACCAGGGCCCGGUGUCACACUAACCUACAAUCUGACCCCAGAGCACGCGAUACACGUUGAGCUACGGCAGAGUCUUGGCGGUAGGACUUUCCUGCAACGACAAGGGCAGCAACCUAACUCAUCUAUAGUGGAGUACUUUGACGAGAACUGCUACUACCAGGGAUGGGUGAAGGAACGACCGGGCAGUCUGGUGGCUGUGUCUACCUGCGAAGGAAAGAUUCGCGGAACCGUUUACGAUCUAGACCAAACUUACUACAUCGAUUUUGAUGAAACAACCGGGGAUCAUUUCAUACAGAGAUUAAACCAUCGACGUAGAGUUAAACGUAAUCAUCUACCGAAGCUGGUCGGCCCGUACAAUGCAAACCAUCACUCGAAGUUCGUUGAGCUGGUUCUGGUGGUCGAUAACUCUCUCUACCGUAAAUUUGACUCCGAUGUGUGGGUGGUUCAUCGCUACUGCACAGAUGUCGUUAACCACAUCAACAUGCUCUUCAACCCGUUAAACAUCUUCAUCGCCCUAACCGGUGUUGUCGUGUGGGAUCAAUUCGAUCACAUUCAGGUCAGCCACCGAGCAGAUGACACCUUGAACAACUUCCUGCAGUACCGCCGGAAAGAAUUACUUCGCCAGCACCCGAACGAUCAUGCUCAGCUGUUGACGGCGGUGGAAUUUCAAGAUCACGUCAUUGGAAAGGCAAAACUGGGUGGGAUGUGCACCAGUAACAGCUCUGGUGCUGUGAUUGUCGUUCAUACGGACAACAUCGGGAUACAGGCGGGAACGUUGGCACACGAGAUGGGUCAUAGCUUCAACAUGGAGCAUGACGUUGACGAGGAGUGCUACUGUCCGGAACGGAAGUGUAUUAUGACAGCGACGGUUACCGGGCGAUCACUGAAACAUUGGAGUUCGUGUAGUGUAGAGCAACUGACGCUGGCCUUCAACCGAGGUUUGAACCAUUGUCUGAAAGAUCGACCGGAUGGGCUUUAUGCGGCUAGCUGUGACAAUGGUUUCGUAGAUGAAGGAGAAGAAUGUGAUUGUGGGCUGGAGGAGGUUUGUGAUAAUCCGUGCUGUGAUUCGAAGACAUGCCGACUGAAGGAUGGUGCGAUGUGUGCUAUGGGCGAAUGCUGUGAUAUAGAACAUUGUCAGUUGAAGGAGGCUGGAGUGGGUUGUAGAACGGCGCGAGGACAGUGCGAUCUUCCGGAAUUUUGUACCGGAAGAUCCGAACAUUGUCCAGUGGAUGUUUUUAAGCGGGAUACCGAGGUUUGUGCCGGAGGAAAGGCAUUCUGCAGUGAUGGCGAUUGUAGAACGAGAGACGAGCAAUGCCGACUGCUGUGGGGUCCUUCCGGAAAGGAGUCCGAUGAAUUGUGCUACGCGAGAAAUGUGAAUGGGACAAAGUAUGCCAAUUGUGGGUAUGACCGUGAUACACAUAGUUUCCAGAAAUGCGCCGAGCAAGAUGUUUUAUGUGGAUUACUGUUUUGUGAACAGUUGAAUGAAAAUAAUCUUGAAUUCGGAUUGAAAGUGUUUACGGAAGAGCGUAUCGCAAGUACGCUAAAAGGACGGGAAGUAAUUCACUGCCAUUCUGCUUUCAUUGAUCUCGGGGAUGGCAAACAACCGACCUUGGUUCCAGAUGGAGCUCCCUGUGGAACAAAUAGUAUGUGUUACCAACAGCAAUGCUGGGAUAUUGAUGUCCUCAACGAACGUGGAAUCGGAAAGCACUGCCCAAAGAACUGCAACGGGCGAGGAAUGUGUAACAGUGAAGGGAACUGCCACUGCCAAAUUGGUUAUGCUCCUCCUUUUUGUGAACACGCCGGUGUCGGAGGUUCCUUAGAUAGUGGCCCUGCAUCCAAAGGAUCUUUCCUAGCUCUUUUAAUAACCCUAGUAGUCGUGGGAGUUAUCGUGACAACUCUUUUUAUUGCCUACAUUGUAGUACGCUUCUGCCGACCGAAUCGAUGCAAAAAUCCUCUGACCAUCUCCAAGUUUCAAGCACCCUCCCAUCGCAGGCACAAAUUAAUUCAUACAAUGUCGUCCAACUCAGCGGUGGUUCGAGAAAUAUCGGCCCCAAAAUUGUGCUCUUCUACACGAGACAUGGACGAUCCACAGUUUACACCGAUCGCAAGACUGAAAAAAUUUGGGGCAUCCGCCGUUGGGACUGCUCGUGUGGACAGCAUGGUUUCGGUGCGUUCGAUUGCUCAGCCUUCGGUUGGGUAUAUAACGCACGUAGCGCCACCUCCACCAAGCCCACGGAGGUUACCACGGCAACCCUCCCUCCGGAACCCGUACGCUUCGAGUAGAUUUACGUGAGACCGAACGGACAAUUUACUAUAUUAUUAGACUAAACAAGUAACGAUACCCUGUAGUAGUAGUAGGUAGAAUGUCGUACGUUUUCAGCUCUUUUGAUACAAGCCAUAUUUUCUGUAUGUGUGCGCGUUAGGUAUGUGAUCAUGUACGAAUUUUGACAAAUAUUCGCUUAAAUAAAGCUCUAGUCACAAGUGGUUGGAUGAAAAAUGAAUAAAA